GGCGGGCGGGCGGGGGUCAGGGGAGGCCGCGCUCUGCCCCGCCGCCGCCAUGCGGGAGCGGAGGCCGGUACCGGCCCCACCGGCCCGGUGCAAGCUGGUGCUGGUGGGCGACGUGCAGUGCGGCAAGACGGCCAUGCUGCAGGUGCUGGCCAAGGACUGCUACCCCGAGACGUACGUGCCCACCGUGUUUGAGAACUACACGGCGUGUCUGGCCAGCGAGGAGCAGCGGGUGGAGCUGAGCCUCUGGGACACCUCCGGCUCUCCCUACUAUGACAACGUGCGACCCCUUUGCUACAGCGACUCGGACGCCGUCCUGCUCUGCUUUGACAUCAGCCGCCCCGAGACCCUCGACAGCGCCUCCAAAAAGUGGAAGUCCGAAAUCCUGGAUUAUUGCCCCAACACGCGGGUGCUGCUCAUCGGCUGCAAGACAGACCUAAGGACCGACCUCAGCACCCUGAUGGAGCUCUCCCACCAGAAGCAGGCACCCAUCUCCUACGAGCAGGGCUGUGCGGCUGCCCGGCAGCUGGGAGCUGAGAGCUACCUGGAGUGUUCAGCCUUCACCUCGGAGAAAAGUGUCCACAGCAUCUUCCGGACCGUGUCCGGCAUCUGCCUCAGCAAAUCCCCCCCCCAGCCCCCUAAAAGUCCCCCCCGCAGCCUCUCCAAGAGACUCCUGCACCUCCCCAGCCGCUCCGAGCUCAUCUCUUCCACCUUCAAGAAGGAAAAAGCAAAAAGCUGCUCUGUCAUGUGAAAGGGGGGGGCAUGUGAAACCCUCCCCCCCCUCUGCACACACACCCCCCCUCCUCAAAGCCCCCAGCCCCCCCCUCUGAGUCCCCAGAUGGGGUUGAGGGGUUGGACAGGGCCCUGGAGCCCCUCUCCCCAAGGAGGAAGGGGUGGCUGCUGCCCCCCCAUCACCCUUCUUCCCCUGCCAGCACCCAAAGGGGGGAGGUCUGAGGGGGGGUCCAGGGUGGUGGGUGCUUGGCAGCUGCUCCCCAGCCCCUCAAUUCCAGGGGGGGCUCAUCCAUGGAUUCAUCUUGUUCCCCCACCCCAUGCUGCCCCAUCCCUCAUCUGC